CAGCAUUGUAUUUUUUAUUUAAGCAAGUACACAAUUGCAUUUUGCAAAAAUACAAGUUUGUAUACGUGGUUAUGAUUAGGAUUAAUGGUUAGGAUUGACAAUUUGAAAGAGAGCAGAAUUUACAGAAAAAUAAAAAUAUAUUAUACGUGAAACAAUAAAAAAGAAGAAAACAAUAACUUUCGUCGUGUCAAGAAAAAGAAAAGGAAGGAGGCAGCAGUAGUUGCCUAAAUCAUCUACGAAUCCGAAUAGUUGCUCCGAUUGGAUAAACGCACGUAGGAAGGGAUGAUUACUGCCCCUUCGGCAGGAUCUAGAUCGUGUAAGCGGUUUUAUUCCUCUUUAGAACAUAGAAUGUCCUUGUCAGUUCAUUCUGAAGUAUGUCAUUCACUGAAAUAUUCGAAGUUCAAAUCUAUAUAUUGGUGUAUGUGUGUGUAAGAGAAACAUCGUGGUGUGGAUUUAACAGUGUUGAAUAAUCCUUUAUAUCUUUUUGAAUAUUCUGUAUAUUUCUAAAUACGUACUAAUGUAUCUUGCAAAGAGAAUUUUUUAAUCUUCGUCAGAAGCUGAAGAUUGGAAUGUGCAUCAGAAAGAGAAGAGAACUAGCGCGGAAGAGAACAAUUCCUCUGAAGUUGAAGAUUUGUUCAAUUGCUGCACCUGCAAUACAAACUCACUUAGGAGUAGAGCGAUUGUUCUUUACAAGCUUGUCGCUUGUCUUUCCGGAUAUAGAGACUGCAGUAAGUUUGCAAAGCUUAUUCGAAGAAUUUUUUGCAAUCAUCGGAACAUCAUGAGCGAAUAUCAGACCGAUCAAUCGACAGAUUAUGCUUCGAACGUCACAAGCACGAUUAACGGUGAUAUUAAAUGUGCGCAAAAUAUGUCGCAGUAUCCGAUACAUACGUUGGCCACAUCGAACAGAUUCGAGUUUACCGAACAAUUAAUUAACUAUUACACGUCAGAACGCGAUAGCACAAAUUUGAAAACCGUCCUUGCUCAUCUGCCAGCCUUCGCAUCUUCUCAGGAAAGAGCGCGCUCUUCUUCCGUUACGUCCGGACAAUUUACUGAACAUAGCAGCAUAGAGGAGGAGAUCAACAAAUUUAAGUUUUAUGUUUCUCACAACAACCCGCAUAGCAAUACGAAGAGGAAGCAGGGUAAAAGUUGCAAACAAUGCAGCUUUGUAGCGAACACGAAGCUGGAUUAUUGGGAACACAUGCGAUGUCACAUAAAAGGUUUUAACUGUUCGGAGUGUUCGUUCGUUACAAAAUACAAACAUCAUAUGAAUCAUCACUGGCUAAGCGUUCACGACGGCUCGAAACCGUUCAAAUGUAAAAAAUGUCCGUAUUCGUGCGUAAGCAAGUCGAUGUUAACUAGUCAUCUAAAAAAACACUCCAAUAUCUAUCCGUACAGAUGCGCGAACUGUUCGUACAAGACCAAGUUCUGCAACGCGCUGAAGAAGCAUCUGCGAAAGAAGGUACAUCAACCGGCGAUGGUGUUGAACGCCGAUGGUACACCGAAUCCGCUGUCUAUUAUUGACGUUUACGGCACGAAACGUGGACCCAAACAGAAACCGACUCCCGUCAUUAAAGAUGACGACGCGCUUGAUCACAACGCCGGCGACGUAACCGAUAACAAACAAUUUAACUCAACGAUAAAUUUUCCAAUUCUGCCGCUUCAAUCGCCGGUCGCUCAUUAUCUGGCUAUGAGCGCGAAUAGUUCAAACAAGAUGAGCCACAAUGUCGUGAAUCAAAAUCAAUCUGUUGUAACUUGCAACGAUCUGGUUUCCGCUUUCAAUCUAUCGAGUCAUCUUCUGCUUCGCGAGGACGAUACACUCCGCGAUAUAAGAUCGCGGAAUAAGAUCGAUCAUCCGCAAUCCAACGCGGUAAUACAUUCAAAAGCGACGAACACUGGAGAAGACAAAAAAACGUCGGACAUAUUUAUUCAAAAUCUACGAGUUGCUUGUUUUGACAAAACUGAUGUCGGCAAAUCUCAAAUAUCCGAUGAUACAAAAACUGCCAGCGGAUUUUCGUUGUUCAUGACAAUGGAAGCUGCAAAACUGGCGGCAGAGUCAUCUCACAAAGAUCACACUGCGGAUAUUCCGUUGGAUCUUCGCGUGAGCAAACUUAUCAAGACGAAUCAAUUGUCAAUUACGAACUCGUCGAAUACCCUUAGCGGCACCAGUAAACGAAAAGGUAGAGCGGUAAAGCUGGAAAUUUGUUCGAUAAAAGAGAACAAAAUGUCAAAACAGAAUAACGAAGAAAUAAUUUCCGAAUCUGCGGACGAUCAAUUAGAUCUUCAAAGAGAAAAGAUAACAGAAGCUGAGGAUACUGAGGUUGUUAAUGCAAUCGAUGGCGAGCUUAUGUGUUACUAUUGCGAGAUCACAUUCGGCAAUCUUGUCAUGUACACGGUGCACAUGGGCUACCACGGCUUCGACGAUCCUUAUACGUGCAAUAUGUGCGGUAUUCGUUAUACUGACAAAGUGUCCUUCUUCCUACAUAUUGGCCGAUCAAAGCACAAUGAGUGACGAAAAAUAAUUCAUACGUACAAAUAUUGACGUAUCACUCGAAAAAUAAUGCAUGCGAUAUUUUACUGAUAAUAUUAGCAACUAGCAAAUUGGUCCAAUUCUUCCUCGAGUUAUCUUAAAAAGACCAAGGUCAUAUGCUGAAUGACCUCGUUAGUAGCACGAUUGGAACAUGGUAAUGAUAAGUUAGGGAAAAAAAAAAAAUAUCGAGUACAAAUAUCUAGUCGAAAAUGUUGAAUAAACAAAAUGUUUGUUAGUUGGCUUUAAAAGAAAGACAAAAUAUAAAGAGGAAUAAGAAAGUAGAGAGACACAUUGUAACAUACAGAUAAACAUCACAAGCAAAGAGAAUUUUCCAUUUUUUUUGCGGAUUUUAAUCUUCUGUUCAAUGUUAAAUUGAAUAAAACUAUAUAUUUUUUCAUUUUCUUUUAAACAUUUCUUGUACGAAAAGAUACUUUUGAUACUCUAUGAUGGCAUUUAUAUGAAGAUAAAAAAUAAUUAUUAAUGAAGAAUGUGUGAGAAUUUGUUUU